CCCUCAGUUAUGUCAACAUAACGCUAAACAUGGCUGCCCGCAUGAAGAACGUGAAUAAAGCUAGUUUAAAUCAAGGUGUUAGCGUUACAGUCGGAACAACUAGUUUUCAGAAGAAAUCGCGCAGCAAGUUCGUCUCCAUCCCUGGAACUAGACCAUCCGUUCAAAAUGGACAGCUUAUUGUUUCUACUGGGGUCACAUCUCUUGAUUAUGUUAUAGGAGGUGGGUUAGCUGUUGGAAGUCUGUUGUUGAUAGAGGAAGAUAAAUAUGACAGCUAUUCGCGAAUGUUACUGAAGUAUUUCUUAGCAGAAGGUGUUGUCUGUGGACAUUCUCUCUUCAUAGCUUCUGCCAAAGACCACCCGGAUGAGAUUUUAAAGGAACUUCCGGCUCCUCUGCUUGACGAUGUUCCAAACACCAAUGCGGAACACCUGCAAAAGCAAGGGAGUGAUCCGGAAUGCCAAGACUCUAUGAAAAUAGCCUGGCGCUAUCAGAACCUUCCACAAGUACAGACAACACUGGCAUCUUCAACAAGAUUUGGCCACUAUUUUGAUGUGUCCAAGUCAAUGAACUCAGAGAUGAGACAGGCUGCUAGAUGUGAUUUGUUUUUCCUUCCUUCUGAACUGCCUUUAGAAUCCCCUGAAGAUAUAAGCCGUAUGAACAUUGGCUAUACCAAGCUGUUGAGAUCCAUCCAGGGAGUCAUUCACAGGGAAGGAUUUGAUGGAGCCUGUCUCCAGAACAAGCCAAGAAGCAUUCUUAGGAUAGGAAUCCAUUCACUUGGCUCAGCCCUUUGGGGUGAUGACAUCUGUUAUAAGGAGAGCCCACACUAUGCCCAUAGUCUUACGACAUUCCUGUAUAGCCUCCGUGCCCUCCUCAGAGGAUCGCUCUCAGUUUGCAUGGUGACAGUGCCUUCACACCUCAUCCAGAACAAAGCAAUUAUGAGUCGUGUAACGAAGCUGUGCGACACGGUGAUCAGUCUUGAAUCAUUCAGAGGCUCCAAGAGGGAAACCAACCCACUGUACAAGGAAUAUCACGGUCUGCUGCAUGUGAAGCAGAUACCUCAUCUCAAUUGCCUGAGGUGUGAAGUUCCUGACACAAAGGACCUUGCUUUUAAAUUAAAGAGAAAGCAAUUCACUAUUGAGAGACUGCACUUGCCUCCAGACUUGUCAGACACAGUGAGCCGUUUGAGCAAACAGGAUCUGGCAGAAUCGGCCAAACUGCUGAGACUGGGAUGUGGCACUACAGCCACAGGCAAGAAGCACCUGGACUUCUAGUGGUUUUUAUUUAACCCUUUCACUUGCCAUUUACAUGACAUUCUAAUUAUGGCUGGAUGUUGUAUUGCCAAUUAAUCCUGACCUAUUCUUUCAGUAUUUUUUCCUAAAUUCCAGAAUUUAGGGGAAAUGUUAAGAAUGUAUACUCCUGAAAAUAUUAAGAAUGUAUUCUCUUCCAUCAGGUAAAAAUACAUAGUUUUCGUGUUGCAAACCACAAGGUAAAUACCAUUGGGAACCUUUGGUGUUCCAGAGACAAGCAUGUGAAUUCUGCAGUUUAGUGCCAUGAUAGUUUUCUUGAUAUUUUACAUUACAAGGCAUUAAUUGUGAUGCUACAAGACUGGCUUGCAGACAGCAGCAAAAUGGUGUAUGGUUUCUUGUUUAUCCCUGCACUCCAGUCUGGAGAUGUGUUUUGUUUGCAGUUCAAAGGGAAGUGUUUUUCUGAUGAAAACAGAUUGUCCCUGUAAAUGAUGUCAUCGGGAUUUCAUGACACAUGGUUGAUGCACAGUACUACAUCAGUACUUGUGAUAUUUUUAAGAACAUUUCAAAGCAACCAGUGUAAUUUCACCUGCAAAUUACAUUGAAUAGAAUUUUGCUGUUGUGCCUUAUAAUAGGUUUGUCACUGUUAUCUUUCAUGACACUCAUGUGAAAUAAGAUGUAUUGUGUUAAUAUUUGCUGUAAAAUGUAUUUCUGAAUAAAAGUUAAGA